GCACCGCAGCGCAGAGCCCGCCGCCGGAGUGCCUCGCCUCCCGUCCCCCCCGCGGGCGGCAGCGGCGGCCCGCCCUCCCCAGCGGCAGGCUGAAGGCGAGAGGGGUGCUCCGUCCGUCCCGCGGCGGGGGGCUGAGGGGAGGCUGAGCCCCCUCCCCGCCCCGCGCUCUUACACCCCAGGGACAGACCUUUCUUCUCCUAACCCCUGCCCUGGCAGGAAGCGGGAUCCCCGUGCCCUCACCCCUGCCCUUUGCUCCGCCAAGCCGAGGGUGGUGGGGCUGGACCUUCUGCGAGCCCUUGGGCCUGUGAAGCUCCGGGCAUGGCUGUCGGUGGGCUCGGGAGCUCCCUGCUGCUGAUGUCCGGCGUGGUGGUGGCCGUGGGGCUGUGCAGGAGGCUGACUCGCCGCCGGCUGCGCUCCCACCCGCGCCUCUUCGCUUUCCUCGUGGAGAUGUUGAGCACCUUCCAGAUCUGCGCCUGCACGAACGAGCUCAGCCUGCUCGGCAAUGUGGAGCCGAAGCCGCACACCGCCCUCACCCUCACCUACGGCUUCACCGUCCUGCACGGCCUGACCCUGGCCGGCAGCACCUGCAAUCCCUGCGGGACCGUGCAGCCCAUGUGGGGCGGCGGGACAUCCCUCAGGAUGGGGGGACUCAAGAUCGCCGCUCAGUUCGUGGCUGCAGUGAUUGCUAGGGUGUUCAUGCACUUUAUCUGGAGUCUGGAGAUGGCAGAGCCACAUUUUGGAGCGCUCUCCCAAGGCUGCAGCAGCCCCAUGCAGACUACAGAGAUGCAGGCGUUCUGCAUAGAACUGCUCUUUUCUGUCGUUUUCCAGCUGGCAGUCCUGCGAGCGGAAAGUGUUAAUCCCAAGUACAGAGUCCAUUUGAUUGCUCUUCUCAUCACCAUGCUCGUGUAUGCAGGUGGAAAUCUCACAGGAGCAAUAUUUAACCCAGCAUUGGCGUUUUCAUUACAUGCAGAUUGUUUCUAUGACAAAUUUUUGAGUUACUCACUAGUAUACUGGAUAGCACCAGCCUUAGGUACAAUACUUGUGGCUUUUAUAUGGAUGAAAUCUUUCCUCGGAUAUCCUGAGACAUCAAAUCCUGAAAUCUGGCAGUCCUACAUUAAAAAAGUAUUUUCAACAUCUGCAGACAUGAAGCUUUCAAAGAACUGUUGACACAGACUUCCACAUCACCUUUCAGUUGCAUUUUCAGAUUUCAUGUUUGAAAUAUUAAUUUAUCACUUUGUAUUCAAAUACUAAUUUUGUAAGUGCGUGUUGGGAUUCUGGGAAUAUCCGCCACCAUUUUCAUAAUUUAAGCCAUAUGAAUGUGAAGGACUGUUAAAAUACUGCAACUGUGUCACUUUAGCCAUAAGUGCCAUUUGCUGACCUUUAUUACAACAGCAUGCAAAACUAAUUUUAGAGAAAUACCCAGUCCUUUCAAGGUUUGAAUUUACUGGAUUUCUUCCCAAAAAAAGGCACCUGCAAAAAAGGAGCUGAAGAUCUCUUACACUGACAUCACCAUAUUCCUACUUGCCAUAUAUAUACCUCUGAGAGGAAGAAAGGCUACACUACUCCCUAGAAGAGUCUCCACAGCUCUAUUCUAGAGGCACCCUACACCAAAACUGAAAGUCUGUAGGACCAGCAUUGUUUUAGUAAAUACCUGAGUGCAGGUAAGUAACCUCUCACUUCCCAUUGGGAAGGCUCUGCCGCAUCCUGGCUCACUGUAGAUUGUUGAAUGUUUACCUUGGCUGGAAAAAGCAGUAGUAAAGUACCAUAAAAUUCUGUAGGGACACAAAAUAAAAGGGCAUUUUAGGCACCCCCCCCUACUUUGUAUCAGAGAUUACUGCUGCCUCUUCACAUAGACACAGUAUAUAGGGAUGAGUCAUGGGGUAUUCGAUUUGUCCUUGACUUUAUGCAGCUCUUACCGAUCUUU